UAGCGGGCAGGCCAAGCCAUCUGCUAGUGAGUUAUCUGGUCUACUCAGUGUUUGCUAGUCACAUCCAUAUUUACCAAACAUGUCACUCUGUUAACACAGGCUUUACUGUAUCCAAAUGAAGCAGGUGAUUGGAAGAAGCCCAGGAUUUGCCAAAGGUGAAUCGUGUCACUAACCUGACCACCCUCUACGACAAAAUAGCAUUUUCUGCCGACAUGGGGAGAGCAGAGGAUGUUGUUUGCCUGGAUGUCGGCAAAGCGUUCAACACAGUUUCCCACAGUCUUCUCCUGGACAAGCUGGCAAGGUGCAGACAAGAUGGGUAGGAAACUGGCUUACAGGCUGUGCUCAGAGGGUGGUGAUGGAUGGUUUUUACUCAGGUCUGCUGGUUUGGGAGGCUUCACCAGACUCUGUGAGUCUAGGAAAUGUGGUUUUGUUACCCAGUAGCUGUCUUCUCUAUUAGCUGCUUUUCAGUGAUUUCUGCUCUUCCACAGUGCAGUGAAAUAGAUGUUCCACCCAGAGCCUUUUUCUUGGAAGAAAAUCAUCCUACAGAGUCUUUUUUCUUCUGUUUUUAACCAGAACACUGUCUCUAUAAGGCUGCAGGCUGUUGAAUUGCAUUGAGGAUGAUGGCUUCCGCUCAGCGCUGUGUUGCAACACCUUUCACGAUACAAUUCUAGGGUCACAACUGUCUUAACUUGGCUGCACAGAUGCUUUUAACAGAAAUACCUCCAUAUGUUAUGCAAUCUGCAGUGCCAGUAUCUAGGCCCUGCCCUCUGGUCUCUUCCCUCCCACUCCCUCUUUCUUUCUGCUAUCAGUGCCCUCCCCACCUCUCCCUUCAUUCCUCAGGACUGCUCAGAGAGGAGCUGAUCUUCUUCUGGGGUUAAGCAGAGUGAAUAAUGCUGUCAUUAGCAAAGAGAAGACAAUGUGAAACGCAGUCAGCCUGUGAUGCUUGUAUAUCAGGUGAUGCAAAAAUAUGGAAAGUCCAUGAUGUUGUUAGAGAAGAAAUCUACAGGAUUUGCUUUCUGCCAAGUUAAGCUGAUGCAGCUCGUUCUUUCCAGAUCAGGCUGUUUAUAUUCUCUGCCUUUUUCCUAUGCCAUUCUUUCUCUUUUUUUUCCCCCAAACCACUGACCAUAAUUGUUUAAAAUACAGGCUUUACAUGUGAAUGGUUCUUUUUGGGAAGCGGAACUUUCCAUACUGCUGCUUUUCAGCUACAUAUGGAGAGAGUGCUAGGGAGGCAGUCAGGGCUGACUGACAACCUAGUGCUGUGGCCAGGGAAAUUCUGGCACAGCUACAUUCAGCUGUCUGCUUUACACAUGAAGAUCCUUAAGCUCAAUGUAAGUUUACCAUUUCAGCUAAACAAUAGAGCAAUUAUUCUGAGGGAAUAGAAGGGAGGAGUUAUUGCAGGGUUGUUUUAUAGCAUCUUUCCUAGACCUUAAACACCAGUAUUAUCCUUCUCUUCCACAUUCUCAAUGCUGCUUUCAGGUAUUGGUUCACUGUUGUAUAUAGGAGGGAGAGACAGGGUGCGUACAUGUAUGUGUAAUGGGUGGUAUUUUUAUAAAGAAUCAUUGUGGUAGGAAUUUCUUGUCCAAAAUUCUAUUUUUUCUGGGACAGACUUAAAUAUUAGAAUGAUGUGGAUGCUCAACACUUUGAAGGAGUGGUCUUCUGGCACAGUGAGGAAGCACUUGACUUUCUCUACUGGUUUUGGCUGGGAUAGAGUUAAUUUUCUUCAUAGUAGCUGGUAUGGUGCUAGGUUUUGGAUCUGUGACCAGUGUUGAUAGCACAGGCAUGUUGUAGCUGUUGCUGAGCAGUGCUUGCACAGCGUCAAGGUCUUUUCUGCUUCUCGCCCUGCCCCACCAGUGAGCAGGCUGGGGUUGUGCAAGAAGCUGGGAGGGGAGGCAGCUGGGACGGCUGACCCCAACUGACCCAAGGGAUAUCCCACACCAUAUGACGCUGUGCUCGGCAAUAAAAGCUGAGGGAAGAAGGAGGAAGAGGGGCAUUCAGAGUUACGGCGUUUGUCUUCCCAAGUCACUGUUACGCGUGGUGGAGCCCUGCUUUCCCAGGGAUGGCUGAACGCCUGCCUGCAAUGGGAAGUAGUGAAUGAAUUCCUUUUGCUUUGCUUGCGUGCGCGGCUUUUGCUUUACCUGUUAAACUGCCUUUAUCUCAACCUGUGAGUUUUUGCACUUUUACCCUUCCAAUUCUCCUCCCCAUCCUGCUAUGGGGGUGUGAGCGAGCGGCUGCGUGGGGCCAAGCUGCCCAGGGGGGCUGACCCACAACACUCUCCCCUAAGCAAGCAGGCGCAUGAAGCGGAGGCAGUGUCAAGCUAUUAAUUCAGCAUGCUGCCCCAGCUAACUAAUUCUGCAUCAGCUGGCUUCCCUUCACUGCUUCCAGCCUCGGAGCAGCCCGGCCCCACGUGAAGCCGUGUAUUUCUGCACGGCACCAUGUUUUUCUGCGUAACCAAACCUGAUGAUUUGUGUACAACACCCCAGGAGAGAGCAAUGAAUCAAUUGUAAAAGUCUAAAAAAUGGACGUUUGUGAUUUGUGAGCUCUACCAGCUUCUGAGCAAGAAAUCGCACAGCUGACGUGUAUAAUGUAACAGGAGAAGGAAGUCUAUUAAACGUGACCCCCCUGCCAGCAGCAGCUUACACUGUGCCAAGAGUAACCCUAGAAAUUCUUCGUAAAAUAGCAUGUUGGCUCACGUUCUACCAAGAAACUCAAGGAAAGCAACUCUAUACCUUGCUAAUCUCUGAAUCUUGAUAAGCACUGGAGUUGGGGCUGGCCUGAGGAAGUUGUGAUUUAAAAAGAAAUGCUGUAUAUUUGGGCGCUUUGAAGACUUAGCAACAUAGGCGAAGGAUACCAGAAUGCUGAGGACUUGGCUCUUGGUGUGGCAGGUUGGGCCACCAGUGUGCAAGGUUUAGAAAGGUGGCACCAUGGGUGGGGAGGGAAAGGGGACCACAUCAGGAGGUGCAUGGGAAGCGGCGUGGCUGUAAGAGACCAAAGCAACAGCUUAAUCCCCUAUUCCAGGCUGGGAGAUGGGGGUAAACUUUUUGUUGCCCAAAUGAGGAGAGCAUCGACUUCAUCCCUGCUGUGGGGAGCAGGGGAGAUCACCCCACCUCCAGACCUGCAGGACACAUCCUGCUCUCCAGGGCAAUUUGCAACCAUCAAACCCAGUUUGUGAAGUGAUGGCGUAUGGGGGCCUUGGUGGAAUGUCAAAUUCCUGUGUAAUGCAAGUUGUUAAUAACACCAGAAAGUCACUUUGUAGACAAACCAUAAAAUAACACCCAUUUAGAGCAGGAGCUCGCUCUCCCAAGGCCAAGAUACAGCAAAGUCUCUAAGCUCUUAACCUCCAGCUACAACAGUUGCAUUUUUACCAGGAAAGAGUUUGAAGUCUAAAUGUUUUAAAGGGAAUUUCCAAUAGGUGAACAUUGUUCCUGUUUUGCUGUUGUCCCUAACUUCCUGUUGCCAAAUGUGUCUGGCAGAGAAUUCCAGUCCUAAACCACCGAGCAAGAAGUGGAGGAAAGGCACGGCAGGCACCAACCAUGGCACCAAGCAGCGUGGUGGUGGGCAGGGAAGGGACGCCAAACUAACAAUGUGACGGUAGGCAGGGUGACGAAGGGGCUGACAAUGCCCUCCCUCAGCCCCUCGCCACCCUGCCUGGAUCCUGCCCUGAGCCCCGCACGCCUCCCUCCUGCAGCCAGGAGAGAAGGGGGUUCCCACUAAAGGGUCCCUGCUAAACCCUUACUUCCCUGCAAAACUAUUGUAAACUCCGUCUCCUGAGGCAGUUCUUUGUACCUGUGUUAAUGUCAUGCCAUACCAGUGCUUUUCAUGGCUUAUUAAUUAACUUCCACCCACCUGUGGGAACACCUAGCCACUCCCUUUGUCCUCACCUAUCCCAGCCAUUUAUAGCAGCGAUGGGAUGCUAGAAAUAGAGACGCGUACACUAAGACCUGGAGGAGCCUGUAGACGAAAGGAGUAUUGGAGUCGAUUUGCAAAGGAGGUAUUUUCUAGCUCACAGCAGUGAGGCAGCAUGAAAAGCCCUGGGUGCACUUCAAGGUAAGAGGAGAGGGAGGUGAAUGCUAUGGGUGCAGAAUUAAGACAUGGUUUGUAGAAACGUCUGCUUCAGGUAAUCCCUGUAAGUUGUUAAUAGCCGGUGGAGUUAGUUACAGUUUGCUCCAGGGUAGAGAUUAAUUUCGCCGUGAAUGUUUCUUUCCUGUAUUCCAGGUCUUUUAAUUUGAAAGAACCUUGUUAGGUUGACAUGGAGGUGUGUUAUUUUCAGCUUAAGCCAAAUGAACGAGAAGGUUGUCCCAAGCCUUAAAGCAUCCAUAGCAGCACCUCCAAGUGUGACCUGAGAGGUAGUUUUCCAUGUUUUCUUCCUGGCUGGCAGAUGGCACGGCACAGGUCAGAAAGGCAAGUCGAACCUCCAGCGCCAGCCCUGCUGAUAGCUUUGCAAGAUUUUUGGUUUCUGAGAAGAAUUUUGUGCCUUAGCAAUCAGCUCCCAAGUGCUUCCUCAAAGGGCUCCCAGGCUGGUUGCAUGUCUUGCGUGACUUUCAUGCGAUGUUCGAAUAGUGGCUUUCUCUCUUGAACUUUGCAAAAGACUAUAUUAAUGGGGCAAAAAAGUAGAUGGGGACUCUGAUCAUAACCUGCAGCUCUCAGCUAUGUUGGGCUUCAUGCACCGCAGGUGAAAUGCUUCCUUUGCUGUGGUGUGCGGAAGGAAGAAAUCGCUGCAGCCAUGAUCCUGUGUGUCAUGCCCUCCGCGCUCCCGUUGAUACUCCAGGUGGUUACGAAAUCCCUCUGCUUAUGGCUGUAACUGUUUGUUUAAAAGAUCAGCACUGUCUUCUGUAACGCCAGGCAUAUCAAAUGUUUCAUCAUUUUCUGCCUUUGCCUGGGACUCAUCUUCCUGUCAGGAUUCUUCCGUAUGAAGAAUAAAAAUUACAUAAUCUCGAAGAGCCACAAGGAGCUGCUGAUACCUUACAAGCCUUGCCGUGCCAAGACUAAUGUCAUGUUCCUCAAGACCCACAAGACAGCCAGCAGCACUGUCCUGAACAUCAUGUUCAGGUUUGCGGAGAGGUACAACCUCACCGUCGCCCUCCCAGCUGACCAGCUCGUCCACCUGGGCUACCCAAAGACCUUCGUGGCCCACUUUGUGGAGGAAUUUGAAGCCAUAGGACAAAACUACAACAUCAUGUGUAACCACCUGCGGUUUAACCCCUCAGAGGUGAAAAAGGUGAUGGCAGCAAACACCUUCUACUUCUCCAUCCUGAGGAACCCCAUUCGUCUGCUAGAGUCUUCCUACGUCUACUACAAGGACAAUGUCCCUGCCUUCAGGAUCUCCAAGGACGUGAACGAGUUCCUGGCGUCACCCAUGAAGUAUUACCAUCUGGCAGAUUACAAGAAAAACAUGUAUGCCAGGAAUAUCAUGUGGUUUGACUUUGGCUAUGAUAACAAUGCAGAGGACAACAAAAAGUACGUCCAGGCAGUCUUGAAGGAGAUUGAACAGAACUUCCAUCUGAUCUUGAUAUCAGACUACUUUGAUGAGUCCAUGAUCCUCUUGAAGCACACUUUGUGCUGGGAUCUGGAUGACAUGAUUUACUUUAAGCUCAAUUCCAGAAGCCAGGACACUGUCCAGACCUUGACUCCAGAAAGCGAGGAGCGGAUAAAAGUGUGGUGCUCACUGGACUGGAAGCUCUACCUGCACUUCAACCAGAGCUUCUGGAGGAGAAUUGAGGAGACCAUAGGACUCAAGGAGCUGGAGAAGGAGGUGAAUCGCCUGCGAACAAGACAAAAGGAGCUCAUGGAGACCUGUCUCUCGGAGCAGGAGGCAGUGGGGAAGGAUGACAUCAAGAACAAAGCUUUCCUGCCUUUCCAGUCAGGGGCUGCAAAUAUCCUUGGGUACAACCUCAAACAAGACGUAGACAACAUGACUCUCAGAACCUGCCAGAAAAUGGUUAUGCCAGAGCUCCAGUACACGUCCUAUCUUUACACUGUUCAACACCCGCACAAGAAGAGGAAGAUCUUGCCCUUGCCGUGAACCAGUUUCCAGGAGAAGACGCAGCUCCCAACUCCCAACUAGGGCAUGCGACAACCCACUGUGUUUCCCACCGCUUUGCAUCACCCCAUGUCUGGCAUGUGACUGGCCCACAGGACUCUCGUGCAUGAGGGGGAGGCAGGGGGGGAGUUUGUUCUGGACCACCAAGCUGGUGGUGGGUCCCUUUUUGGGGACCUUGAGCCAAAGGCUCUGCAUGGGCCGGAUCCUACGUGAUCCCUUCUCCCCGUUUCCAGGGCGGGGGACAGCCUGCUGCUGCUGAGCGCUGGGUAGGCUUUCAGCUGGCUUAGAUGUUUCUGCCUCUUAAUCAUUAAUCACAGACUUAAUCAUUU